UUUGUUCUCUUGUUUCCGAACAUGUUAAAAGACGAUAAUUGCUUUGACCAACUAGAUCAGCUGAUCUUCAAAGACCAAAAGAUUAUCACUUACAGAUGGUUGAGUAAAAAGUUUAACGUUCCGUCGACGUUUGCUAAGCAGAUAUUGUAUCAAUUUUCUAUGAGAAAUGAAAAUAAGCUUUGUCUAGUUUAUUUUCUUUCUGGCCUUCGUCGCACUGAUCACGAACACAUAAUAGAAUUGGUGCCAGAAUCAAAGCUACAGGCUACAGAAAAAAAUUUUGAAUGUCUCAUUUCUAAGCACAUUUAUAGUGUCAGUGCAGCCAUUCCCAACGAUAGUAAUCAAAUUUGGCUAAAUGAAAAGGAGUUGUCGAGAAGUCUGCCAUCUGAAUUGAUGGCAUAUAUAGGGUCUGCUAUUUCGUAUCAUCAAAGUUUCGAAGACACCAAAUUACAAAAAAAUGUUCAAACAGAUAGAAACAAUUUGGAAUCGAGAUUUUCGACUGUCACUGACAUGGAUUCGACCGAUCUCAUUCCGCUCGUCAAGCCUAUCGUGACGCCAACUGCUUCUCCUAAUUUGGUCACGGCAGUAGGUCAAGGGGAGGUGCUUGUUGAGUCUAAAUAUUCUAAACCUAUCAAGGGGGAGCCCGAUGAAGCAGCAUCGCCAUCAUCUUCGUCUAGGCGAAAAACCAGGAUGCCUCGAACUUUGACGCAAAUGUUUUCAAAAAUAACGGAUCAAUCUUGUAGGUCAGCGUAUGGAUCUCCGAAUGUCGAGCCCAGACCAACUUCUUCCCACGUUACGACCCUUCAAGCACAAACGAAGGAUGCCAUAGCGAGCCCUGGUCCUCACGAGAUAGUUCUGAGCAAACAGGCUGAUCAAAAGCGUGAUGAGGGAGACAACUUUGAUUGUCAUCUGGAUUUAGACGAAAAAGCACUUCUAGAUGACCUGAGCCGAGAGUUGAAUACAGAAUUUCCUACUCAGCUUCGAAAUAGAAGCGGCCCAAGAAGGGCGAAAGAGCAUGAGAGCGGUUCUGUGAUAUCAGAAAAAAACGUUUCCUCCGUUCAAAAAGAUUUAGACACAGCUAAAUCUGAAAAACAUGCAAAAAGUUCAACCUCUAAGGCACCUCCAAAGGAACAAAGGCUUCGAAAGAAGAGAGUUCAAAAAACAAAUUCUGCAAAUUCAAAUGACCAGAGUGGCAUUGACUCUACAAUUGAACGGGACAUUAGCCACUAUCGACAGAGGGACAUGUUUGACCGAUAUUUUUCUAGAAGUAAGUUAGACGAUUCGAAAGGUCCUCCAAAGGUGAAUGAUGCUAAGUAUUGUACAGACGAUUCUGUACGCGUACAUCGUAUUACGAAAUCGGAAACCUUUGUUAAUGAUCGCGGUUAUAUAGAAACAAAAGAUGUUGUCGAACUUGUAAAAGAAGAGAAUGUGCCAGGGGAUCAGGAAGUGGUCACCAAUCAAGCGGUGGAAUCGAAGGACGCAAAUCCGCUGCCCAGAGAAAGCAGAAGUAACAAGAUGGGCGCGGCCUUGCCUUUUAAUCCUGAAAAAUCGAGAACUAUUGAGACUUUUUUCAAAAAGUCUUAGAAAAGCUUGUAUAAAAAAAUGUGUUUUAGACAUUCAUAAUCUGUUUUGUCAUAUACUCUACUUGUCACGCUUGCGUCUUUUUCCAUCAUUUUUGCGCUUCAGUCGCAUGCACAGCCCUGUCCGAGUGUCAAGAGAUAUCUGGAUUUGUAUGUUCCGAGAAUCAGGGUUCCUACGAAAAUACCAGCGAUUAUAGCAAGGAAUAGUCCAACAUUGAAGGUCAUCGCCACGAGCAUGAGCAAAAGGGACAAGAAACUUUCGACUGUGUUUAACACGGCUCUGAGUAGUUUAUCAAUAAAAGUUUCUUUGUCGCCAA